CCAAAGGCUCUUCUUCAUUUGACAAAAAGACAAUGGUGGAAAUUCAACUCCCGCUUGCUUGGCCCUUCUUCAACUCUCACCUCCUCCAGCUCCUUCUCUACCUGUAGAUUCUCACGAUCUUUCUUCUUCACUCCUCUUGAUUCUUUUUCCCAAUCAUCUCGCGAAGUGAUCGCCUUCAUUGUGCUUAUGGGGUCUGCAAUAUCGGGCCUUGCUGAUGAGGCCAAAGGGUGCUCAGUCUCACCUUCAGGGACCUGUCUUGGGGACUUGCCUGAGAGUUGCGUCACCUCCAUUCUCAAGUUCUUGGAUCCCCCGGAGAUUUGCCGGUUCGCAUGCUUGAACAGAGCUUUCAGAGAUGCUUCAUCGAGUGAUGUUGUUUGGGAGUCGAAAUUGCCUCCCAACUAUCGUUUUCUGGUUGAGAGAGUUCUUGGUGAAGACCCACGAUGCAUGGGAAAGAAAGAGAUCUUCUCGAGAUUGUGUAGACCCAAUUGCUUUGAUGGUGGCACAAAGGAAGCUUUGUUGGAUAAGAUUGCUGGAAGUAUAUGUGUGGCGGUUUCGUCAAAGGCGCUGAAGAUAACUGGGAUUGAUGACCGGAGAUACUGGAACCAUAUUCCUAGCGAAGAAUCCAGGUUCAGCACAGUGGCGUAUCUUCAACAGAUGUGGUGGGUUGAAGUUGUGGGGGAGUUUGAGUUCCAGCUCUCGCCAGGCACAUAUAGCUUAUAUUUCAGGCUCCAACUGGGCAAAACCGCAAGGCGAUUCUGUCGGCGGACAUGCGACCUCAAUCAGGUUCACGGCUGGGACAUCAAACCUGUCCGAUUUCAGCUGUCAACAUCGAACGGUCAGAGCACCGUGUCCGAACGUUAUCUGGAUAAACCAGGGGAUUGGGUCCAGUACCGUGUGGGUGACUUUGUGGUCGAGAACCAGGACGCACCCAUUAGGAUCAAGUUUUCAAUGGUCCAGAUUGAUUGUACGCACACGAAAGGUGGACUCUGUGUAGACUGUGUGCUGAUAUGCCCAGGCGAGGGUUGAAAUGAUUCCACAGCAUGCUUAGGUUUCUAUACCAGAGAAAGUAAUAGCCGUAGAUUUGAUUGGCACUGGUCAAUUUGCUUUCUUUCUGAACGAAUAUGCAUCUGGCAACACUCCGAUCAUGUACACAUUGUAUUCAGAAUGUUUCUGAGGUUUUUUAUUCAGAGCAGUUCAGGCAGGGACAUCAUAUAAGUGAGAUACUAUUUUUUGAGUAUUGGAGAUUGUGAUUGUUAUCUUCUUCCAUUCCUGUUGCAACUAACAUGAUGGCAGUCAAUCUAUAAAACACAAUUCUAGCACUACUUGCAGGUUAACUUCUUGAGAUUUGUGUCUAUCUUAAUCAAAUACACAGUUAGCAUAGCGACCUUGCUGACGCUGCGCAUGCAAAUUUAGACCAUGAGAACAAGUGGAAGAAAAAAGGAAAAAAAAAAAAA